UCUUAUUCACACAAAACAUGUAGAAAGUGCGGCUAUUCUUGUUGCAAAAAGUGGCCACGUAUCAGCGGUCUCGUCGAGAUUUCAGGUGAGUUCAAUUAAUUCAGCUAAUUUUACAACAGAUGAGAUGUUGGUAUAGAUCUGUCUCUACGACGGUUUAUGCUAAAUGAGGAAAUUAAUAAUGCAGAUCGAUUUGAACGUUACAGAACAAUUUUAAAAGUCAGCAAAAUCAUGUCGCUUCCUAUAUGCUCCCUGCAAUAAAACGUUUUCUUACGGUUCAUUUAUGCAGUGUCUUUGAACGGUGAUGGAUUCAUGCCCUCUGAUUACAGAUACUUUGACGACUGGCAAACUCAAAGCUCAGAUCACUCACCAAGAAGCUCAGAUGUUCAUAGAUGCAUUUAAGUACUUGACUAUAAUAAGAGAACAGGGCAUCUUCUUCGAUGAGAAGGCAUUCACUUGUGUUCGGGCGGACAGAAACUCCAUCUACUGCAAAUGUGGGGAUAAUGGUCUGAUAUUGGUCAAAACUGCACUCUUUGUUAUAGUUGCCACAUACAAUGAGAAUAUGUACCCUAGUGUCUGUGUAGAGGCAUCUGAGAAGCUAGCUGAAUAUCUGCGUGAGAAGGGGAAAUAAUGCACAUCAUACUGGUCAAGGACAUAUAACAUUAAAAACAUUUUAAAAACAUGCACUGGAGAUGUAGGAAAAAUGGGGAAACACUGAAAUGGCUCAACUAGAAACACAUUCUAUUUUAUAAAUGCAAAUACAUGUACCUAGCCCAACAUGCUUACCAUUAUUUACGGGCUUGAAGGCAUAACUCAGAAAGACAAAAGAAAAACUUGUGUCUCUGUUAUUGUAACAUUUUAAUAUACAUAUCUAGAUUUGGCAACAUACAUUUUAACACUACAGAGGAUUUUAACAUCUUGACAUCAGACUACAUCAAAACAGAAACUUAACAUCCACAACUUAAGUCAAUGAUAUCUUUCACAGAAAGAAUUCCGCAAUGACCACAAAUGGUAGUAAAGCAGUGGAGGACAGAUACCUUAGACUAGCAAGAAGUAGCCUUAAGACCACAAUAGGUGAGUGAGAUGACCUUUUCUCCAAUUUAAAUAUAGGUAAAAAGGUUGAGAAACCUAGACAAAAGUAACAGGAGAGUUGGCAUCUAUCAUUUUUAGUUUCAUCGUUCACAGUGAGAUGGUUUGUAACGGUCUGCUAUCAAUAUGAUAAAA